AUGAAACCUCCGGUUCCAUAUGUGACGGGCUGGCAGUUCACCGUUCAAAAACAUCUUCCUCCUCCUCCCACCAAAGUUACCCCCGAUUGCUGCAUAAAUGACGAUACUGGUGAGAUGGAAAGCAGAGAGAUUGACCGCGUGGAACGAUGUCUACUUCAUCCUCCGUUACAAGGGUCCUACGACUCCUCUCGCGUUGAUCUUCACAUUUAUGACACCUUGCGUGUUGGAGACAACCAUAACGCCCAGUUGGUCGUGGUUGAUGUUCUUGCAGCAGACCGUCCCUUAGAAAGUCUAGAAGGAAAGCGCGUCGUUGCUAAGAUAUAUGACCCUUUAUAUUUUGACGAUGAUGAAGGAUACAUCAACCCUUUUGCUAGUGUUGACAAGCACUACACACACGAAGCUGAGCUAUAUAAGGCAUUUUCAGAUCUUCAGGGCUCUAUGAUUCCAGGAUACUAUGGGGCUUUUUCAUUGGAUAUCUUUGUCAAUUCAUCAACUAAGCGCUGCGUCCGCCUUAUUCUGAUAGAAUUUGUACCUGGAUUGCCAAUGCGAGACUGUCAGCCCCGCACACUGCCACGCCAAUGUCGCCAAAGUAUCAUGAAGUCAGUGGUGGAUUUUGAGACGCUGAGUUAUACCAGAGAUAUCCUUCUUACGGAUAUUCAUCCGAGAAACAUCAUCCUGGUCAAUACUGGUGAACAGAAGCACACUGUUUUUAUUGAUUUUGGGGAUGCUCUUUUUGGCCGGGCAGGUCGUUACACCAACCAUUCAGACUCUGGACAAUUUUCAGGGAUAUACAUCUCCCCUUUACUGCGGUGGCAUAAGGUUCACCGUCGUACUUUUGAUUUUGAUUCUUGGAUUGACUGGGAUUGGCAACACUGGCUUGAAGCUGAAUAUCAGCACACCGCUGAGUCAAUAACGCAAGAGAUGCGAGACAAGUUUCUUCCAAAAUUCCUUCUGGGGCUAUGAAGUGACGAGAUAUCGGUGAAGAGGGGUUGAUAUUUAGAGCUAGAGCAUCGUCUUGAAAAUGGUUCCGGCGAAUGAUACCUUGCCGAUGUUCUGAUGACGAGCUGAACUGUAAUUCAAUUGAUGAAGAGAAUGUUCUUCGAGCAGCAUCAAUGAUCACCUGUAUAUGUCGAAACAAAGCGCUUGAAAUUACUCAGGUGUUCAUAAGGCCUUUGUUAUCUUUAGUAGUGGCAGAUGUUCC